ACGGCCGUCUUCCCGUCCAGCUACUAGGUACAUGUAUGUCUAACGGCGUCACCUUAUCGGUUUCUAAAUUUAAACAUUUACAUAACAUCUCAAUCCAUUCCCGAGUCUCCUUUAACGAGCUUGGGGUCGAGUCCACGAGGUCUCGGCAAGAUGCUUUCCGGCAUCUUAAUAUUCAAUCAAAAGGGCGAGAAUCUAAUCUUUCGUGCCUUCCGGAACGAUUGUCGACCACGUCUCGCCGACGUCUUUCGAAUUCAAGUCAUAUCCAAUCCUCAAGUCCGAUCACCCAUCCUCACCCUCGGAAGCACAACAUUUAGCCAUGUAAAGCAUGAAAAUAUCUAUUUGGUCGCCAUCACCAAGAGCAAUGCCAAUGCUGCGCUCGUCUUCGAGUUCCUCUACCGGCUGAUUCAGCUUGGUAGGGGUUAUUUUGGGAAAUUCGACGAGGAAGCCGUCAAGAAUAAUUUCGUUCUAGUCUAUGAACUCCUAGAUGAAAUCAUCGACUUUGGUUACCCUCAAAACACCGAGACCGACACUCUCAAAAUGUACAUCACCACCGAAGGUGUCAAGUCCGAACGUGCUGCCGAAGACUCAGCUAAAAUCACCAUGCAAGCCACCGGCGCGUUAUCGUGGAGGAAGGCCGAUGUUAAAUACAGGAAAAACGAAGCUUUCGUCGAUGUAAUUGAGGAUGUCAAUCUUCUAAUGUCCGCUACUGGCACCGUUCUCCGUGCCGAUGUCACUGGCCAAAUCAUCAUGCGCGCAUACCUUUCCGGCACCCCCGAAUGUAAAUUUGGUCUUAAUGAUCGGCUUCUAUUAGAUCAUGACGGGCUUCAGUCACUUCCCAGUGGAAACAGGUUGGGAACCAAAGCUACAAAAGCAGCUGCCGGAAGUGUCACGCUGGAGGACUGUCAAUUUCAUCAAUGUGUGAAAUUAGGCAAAUUCGAUUCUGACCGAAUUAUCUCCUUCAUCCCCCCCGACGGGGAGUUCGAGCUCAUGCGAUAUCGAGCAACCGAAAACGUCAAUCUACCCUUCAAGGUGCACGCCAUCGUUAAUGAAGUUGGCAAGACCAAAGUAGAAUAUAGUAUUGGCGUUAAGGCGAACUUUGGUAGCAAACUUUUCGCCACGAACGUUGUUGUUCGUAUCCCGACCCCGCUGAACACCGCUCGCAUCACCGAACGUUGCACUCAGGGCAAAGCCAAGUACGAGCCAAGCGAAAACAACAUCGUCUGGAAAAUUGGCCGUUUCACUGGCCAGAGCGAAUUCGUGCUAAGUGCUGAAGCGGAGCUCACAAGCAUGACUAACCAGAAAGCCUGGUCACGCCCACCUCUAAGUAUGAACUUCAGCCUCCUUAUGUUUACUAGUUCAGGCCUCCUUGUACGAUACUUGAAGGUGUUCGAGAAGAGCAACUACUCAAGCGUCAAGUGGGUAAGAUACAUGACAAGAGCAGGAUCUUAUGAAAUCCGAUUCUGAUCAAUAUCGUCAAGACGGAAGCGUUCGAGCCCGGUUCGGCAUAUUUAUCGUUAAACCCGCCAUGGCGGUCCUCGCAUGACGG